ACUAUAGGAUCAGAGUACAAUGUUGCAAAAUGGUAGAUGAACCAUGUACAACUACUCCCGUCACUACUAAACCUAGUACUACAACUGAAGUUCCAACUACAACCACAGAAUCUACAACACCAGUUCCAACCACAACAACAUCUAAAUCUACAACUCCAACUGAACCUACUACUACAACUGAAGUGACAACUACAAUCACAAGAUCGACAACACCACUAACUAAACCUACUGCUACAACUGAAGCGACAACGAUAACAACACCAAAGACUACAACAACCCCAACUGAAUCUACUGCUACAACUGAAGCGCCAACUACAUCCACAAUGUCUACAACACCACCUACUAAACCUACAACAACACCAACUGAACCUACUACUACAACUGAAGUGCCAACUACAACCACAAUGUCUUCAACACCACAUACUGUACCUACAACAACAACUGAAGUUCCAUCUACAACCACAGAAUCUACAACACCGGUUCCAACCACAACAACAUCUAAAUCUACAACUCCAACUGAACCUACUACUACAACUGAAGUGACAACUACAAUCACAAGAUCGACAACACCACUAACUAAACCUACUGCUACAACUGAAGUUCCAAUUACAACCACAGAAUCUACAACACCAGUUCCAACCCCAACAACAUCUAAAUCUACAACACCACCUGAACCUACUACUACAACUAAAGUGACAACUACAACCACAAGAUCGACAACACCACUAACUAAACCUACUGCUACAACUGAAGUUCCAACUACAACAACAUCUAAAUCUACAACACCACCUGAACCUACUACUACAACUGAAGUGCCAACUACAACCACAAUGUCAACAACACCACCAACUGAACUUACUACUACCACCACAACAAGCAUAUUGACAACACCUACUAACCGGACAACCACAUUCAACACAUCUAAAUCUGCAUCCACCCCAACCACUACUCCUCAACCUUCACCACCUUCUUGCCCUCGCUGGAAAAUUGUGCAAAAUGAGACAUUUCGUCUGGACAACUGCACCAUGGCCAGAUGCAUUGGGAACAACAGGAUUGAUAUAAUUCCUCUUGAAUGUCCACCCAUAGCGAACAUCACUUGUGCCAAUAAAAAUAAACCAGUUCUUGUGUACGAUGAGUACCACUGCUGCCAACAUUACGCUUGUGACUGUGUAUGUACAGGCUGGGGAGAUCCUCAUUACAUCACAUUUGAUGGACUUUACUACACUUAUCAAGGAAACUGUACUUAUGUCUUGAUGGAAGAGAUUUCACCAAAAUAUAACUUGAAGAUUUAUAUUGACAAUGUCUUUUGUGCUCUCACUGACAAUGUUUCUUGUCCUCGAUCUAUAAUUGUAUUUUAUGGAUCACAUUUUUUCAAACUGAAGAAUCAUAACGUCAUUGGAGCACCAGAGUUGGAGGUGCUCAAAGAUGAAGCACCUCUGAAACUACCUUAUUCACAACAAGGUGUUACAAUUUCGAAUUCUGGUAUUAACCUGGUGUUGGAGAUCCCUGACAUAAAAGUGGUAAUUCGUUUUGGAAUAACUGGCUUUAGUGUUGCCCUUCCCUUUCAGUUUUUUGGCAGAAACACACAGGGACAUUGUGGAACAUGCAAUAACAACCAGACUGAUGACUGCAUGUUGCCUGGAGGCAGGUUUGUGAAAAGCUGUGCAGAGAUGGCCAACUAUUGGGUUGCAAUAAACAUUUCCCAACCCAACUGCCCAUCUGUACCGCCGUCUCCGUCAUCCAGUCCAUGCCAGAGAAAGCCAGACUCCAUGUGUAAGCUGCUGAAGAGCAGUGUCUUUGCAGAGUGCCAUCGCUUUGUCUCUCCUGACAAUUUCUACCAAGGCUGUGUUUUUGAUAGCUGCUAUGUUUCCAACCCAAAUGUGGAAUGCUCAAGUUUGCAGACUUAUGCUGCUGCCUGUGCUCAGGCUGGGGUUUGCCUUCAGUGGAGGAAUCACACCACACUGUGUGCCAGUGACUGCCCAUCAAACAAAGUUUACAAGCCAUGUGGUCCUGCAGAACAGCGAACCUGUGAAGACUGUCCUGACAAACUCACCAAGAAGUUCAUUACUGAGGGCUGCUUUUGUCCUGAUGGAAUGACACUCUUCAGCAAAUACUCUGACAAAUGUGUUGAAAAUUGUGGAUGUCUUGAUCCUGAGGGCAUUCCUCGUAAGUUGAAUGAGAUAUUUGGGUACAAAUGCCUAAACUGCAUCUGUGAGGAGUCCACCAAGACUGUGUCUUGCAAGCCUAAGGUGUGCCCACCACCACCUCUAAUAAACUGCACUGGUCCAGGGUUCGUUAUUGUCCAACAACCGGAUCCCAUAGACCCCUGCUGUUCUACAUAUGUUUGCCAAUGUCACAGCAACACUUGCCCAGUCACCAGCAUGAACUGUCAGGUUGGAUUUACUUCCGUUGUCAGUGUUCCUGAAGGGAAAUGCUGUCCAGAACAUACAUUUGAGCCUAAAGGAGUUUGUGUCCACGAAGGAAGUGAAUACCAGCCUCGUUCUUCGGUUCCUGGUCCUACAUGUCAGAGUUGCACCUGUACCAAUGAGGUGGACCCAAGUUCUAAACUAUUCAAAAUAGUUUGUGAGUUUCAGCAAUGUGAUAAAAAUUGUGAAAAGGGAUAUGAAUAUGUGCGAACUGAUUCGGACAAAUGCUGUGGAAAGUGUGUACAGACACAGUGUGUCGUCAAUAUUAAUGGUACCAAGCAACUCUUGAUGCAAGGACAAAUCUGGUCACCACCUGAGAAUAAGUGUGAGCACUACACAUGUGUUAAGAGUGGUGAGACUUUAACAAUGACCAGAUCACACAUUGUCUGCCCGCCAUUUGAGCAGAGAAACUGCCAACCUGACACAAUACAGACUGCAGCAAAUGGCUGUUGUAAAAUUUGUGUGGAGAGGGAAAAGGCCUGCAAAUUACAAUCCAUGGAAACUCAGAUUAUGUUUGGGAACUGUCAGUCAUACCAGGAAGUAAAUAUGACCUAUUGUGAAGGAUCCUGCAACACUUUCACCAAGUACUCUGAAAAAGCAGCGACUCUGCAGCAUUCUUGCUCCUGCUGUAAGGAGACACGCUCCAGCAAUCGCACCAUUGACUUGCACUGCCUGAAUGGAGAUGUGGUUCCCUACAUAUACAUCCAUGUGGAGGAGUGUAGCUGUAGCCCCACAGACUGCACCACAGCUGCUGGACAACCUGCUCGCAGGAGGCGACGCUUCACACUAGUGUAAUAAAAAUAUGUCAUCACAUUAGUGGAUGUGGGAUGUAGAAGUUUAAUCCCAUAUUGUUUUCACAAUUAUUGCAUCUCCUACAAAAUAAUUGUCAUUGUAGAAAGAGUAUUUAUCUGUUGAUCAAAUAA